GAAGGAGGGCCCAAGGCAUAAAACUAACCAAUGGCAGGAAAGCCCCCAUGCCCCACCCAAGCUGCCCCUCCUCCCUCGCAGCUGAGCUUUUCUUUCAGUCCUUCACUGAGGAGCCAGAGGGAAUCAAUUCCACAAGCUGGGUUGAGGAGAACAGGAGAUGGAGAAAGCAAGUGGAAGACAGUCCAUUGCUCUGUCCACAGUGGAGACUGGCACAGUGAACCCAGGGCUGGAGCUCAUGGAAAAAGAAGUAGAGCCUGAGGGAAGCAAGAGGACUGACGCACAAGGACACAGCCUGGGGGAUGGACUGGGCCCUUCCACUUACCAGAGGAGGAGUCGGUGGCCUUUCAGCAAAGCAAGAAGUUUCUGCAAAACACACGCCAGCUUGUUCAAGAAGAUCCUGUUGGGCCUGUUGUGUUUGGCCUAUGCUGCCUAUCUCCUGGCAGCUUGCAUCUUGAAUUUCCAGAGGGCACUGGCCUUGUUUGUCAUUACCUGCUUGGUGAUCUUUGUCCUGGUUCACUCAUUUUUGAAAAAGCUCCUGGGCAAAAAAUUAACAAGAUGUCUGAAGCCCUUUGAAAACUCCCGCCUGAGGCUUUGGACGAAAUGGGUGUUUGCAGGAGUCUCCUUGGUUGGCCUUAUACUGUGGUUGGCUUUAGACACAGCCCAAAGGCCAGAGCAGCUGAUCCCCUUCGCAGGAAUCUGCAUGUUCGUCCUUAUCCUCUUUGCCUGCUCCAAACACCACAGUGCAGUGUCCUGGAGGACAGUGUUUUCGGGCCUAGGUCUUCAAUUUGUCUUUGGGAUCUUGGUCAUCAGAACUGAUCUUGGAUAUACUGUAUUUCAGUGGCUGGGAGAGCAGGUCCAGAUUUUCCUGAACUACACUGUGGCCGGCUCCAGUUUUGUCUUUGGGGAUACACUGGUCAAGGAUGUCUUUGCUUUUCAGGCCUUACCAAUCAUCAUUUUCUUUGGAUGUGUGAUGUCCAUUCUCUACUACCUGGGCCUUGUGCAAUGGGUAGUUCAGAAGGUCGCCUGGUUUUUACAAAUCACUAUGGGCACCACUGCUACAGAGACCCUGGCUGUGGCAGGAAACAUCUUUGUGGGUAUGACAGAGGCACCUCUGCUCAUCCGUCCCUACCUUGGGGACAUGACACUCUCUGAAAUCCAUGCGGUGAUGACUGGAGGGUUUGCCACCAUUUCUGGCACUGUGCUGGGAGCCUUCAUAGCCUUUGGGGUUGAUGCAUCAUCCCUGAUUUCUGCCUCUGUGAUGGCCGCCCCUUGUGCUCUCGCCUUAUCAAAGCUAGCGUAUCCAGAAGUGGAGGAGUCCAAGUUCAAGAGUGAGGAGGGGGUAAAGCUGCCCCGUGGGAAGGAGAGGAAUGUCCUGGAAGCUGCCAGCAACGGAGCCAUAGAUGCCAUAGGCCUUGCUACUAAUGUAGCAGCCAACCUGAUUGCCUUUUUGGCUGUGUUGGCCUUCAUCAAUGCUGCCCUCUCCUGGCUGGGGGAAUUGGUGGACAUACCGGGGCUCACUUUCCAGGUCAUCUGCUCCUAUCUCCUAAGGCCCAUGGUUUUCAUGAUGGGUGUAGAGUGGACAGACUGUCCAAUGGUGGCUGAGAUGGUGGGAAUCAAGUUCUUCAUAAAUGAGUUUGUGGCUUAUCAGCAACUGUCUCAAUACAAGAACAAACGUCUCUCUGGAGUGGAGGAGUGGAUUGAGGGAGAGAAACAGUGGAUUUCUGUGAGAGCUGAAAUCAUUACAACAUUUUCACUCUGUGGAUUUGCCAAUCUUAGUUCCAUAGGAAUCACACUUGGAGGCUUGACAUCAAUAGUACCUCACCGGAAGAGUGACUUGUCCAAGGUUGUGGUCAGGGCCCUCUUCACAGGGGCCUGUGUAUCCCUUAUCAGUGCCUGUAUGGCAGGAAUCCUCUAUGUCCCCAGGGGAGCUGAAGCUGACUGUGUCUCCUUCCCAAACACAAGUUUCACCAAUAGAACCUAUGAGACCUACAUGUGCUGCAGAGGACUCUUUCAGAGUACUUCUCUGAAUGGCACCAACCCUCCUUCUUUUUCUGGUCCCUGGGAAGAUAAGGAGUUCAGUGCUAUGGCCCUUACUAACUGCUGUGGAUUCUACAACAAUACCGUCUGUGCCUAAGGCUGCUUGAUCUAUUUCCAUAACAGUUUUGAUCUUAACAGCUUUGUGAUUGCAAAGGUGUUUAUGUACUCAGGGUGCCCACAACUCACUCACCAAGAUGUUUAACAGUAAGUAACAGUAAAUGUAAAAGAUUCAUUUUGGGCCGGGCUCAGUGGCUCACGCCUGUAAUCCCAGCACUUUGGGAGGCCGAGGCGGGUGGACCACAAGGUCAGGAGAUCGAGACCAUCCUGGCUAACAUGGUGAAACCCCGUCUCUACUCAAAAUACAAAAAAUUAGCCGGGAGUGGUGUCGGGCGACUGUAGUCCCAGCUACUCGCGAGGCUGAGGCAGGAGAAUGGCGUGAAUCCGGGAGGCGGAGCUUGCAGCGAGCCAAGAUCGCGCCACUGCACUCCAGCCUGGGUGACAGAGCGAGACUCUGCCUCAAAAAAAAAAAAAAUUCAUUUUGGUUCACUGUAUCCCAAUAAUGAAAAAUAGCUUUUGUUUUUCCAUUAUUUGGCUGAACCAAAAAAUGACAUUCCUCAUGGGCCCUGCCUGAACUUUUAUUUGAAAAAAUAAGUAUUACUGUCCAACAAUGAUAGACUGGAUUAAGAAAAUGUGGCACAUAUACACCAUGGAAUACUAUGCAGCCAUAAAAAAUGAUGAGUUCAUGUCCUUUGCAGGGACAUGGAGGAAAUUGGAAAUCAUCAUUCUCAGUAAACUAUCGCAAGGACAAAAAACCAAACACCACAUGUUCUCACUCAUAGAUGGGAAUUGAACAAUGAGAACACAUGGACACAGGAAGGGGAACAUCACACUGUGGGGACUGUUGUGGGGUGAGGGGAGGGGGGAGGGAUAGCUUUAGGAGAUAUAUCUAAUGCUAAAUGACGAGUUAAUGGGUGCAGCACACUAGCGUGGCACAUGUAUACAUAUGUAACUAACCUGCAUAUUGUGCACAUGUACCCUAAAACUUAAAGUAUAAUAAUAAUAAAAAAAGAAAAAAACUUCAUAAAAUAAAAUAAAGUGAAGCACCCACCAAAAAAUAAAAUAAAUAAAAUAAAUAAAGAAAAAAUAAGUAUUACUAUGUCAAAAAAGUCUUACAAAUCAUGCUUCUAGUUUCCAUCUUAAAAAUUAUGUGAUGCAGUGUGCUAUAAAUGUGAUUUAGUAUGUAAUUUGCCUAGGACGGGGGAGAAGCUAUAUUUAUUGGCAUUGUGGAUGAGCUGGAUUUAUAUUACUGAUGUUACCUUUGAAAGGUAUAUGAAUAUUUAAUGAUAAGAUUUUUCUGGUUGUCAAACAUGUGUAAAUCUGCAAACUUCUUAACAACAUUACACAGUAAACAAAAAAUACUUCCUGUAUACUAAGGAAGACUUCUAAGGAAUAUCAAUUUCUUAAAGGCCAUUACUUUGUUGUAGUAUUCUGCUUUAGUGCUAGCCACAUUUGCUCCAAGUUUAUGGGGAAGCCUUUAAAACAGUAAUUUUCAGUGGGAAGGGGGCCAAUUUUGCUUUUCAGAGGACAUCUGACAGUGUGUCUCCAGACAUUAUCGGUGAUUAAAGUGGGAGGAUGCUACUGACAUCUAGUGAGUAGAGGCCAAUAUUGCUACUAAAAUUCCUAUAACCAAAGGUCAGCUCUCCCACAACGAAGAAUUACCUGGUCCCAAACAUCAAUUGUGCUGAGACUCAGAAACUCUGAUUCAAAAUAUUUUAGAUAUUUAUUAUAUUUAAUAUUAUUUAUUAUAUUAACAUUACAGCCUUAAGGAAGGGUUUCAAAAGGAUACAGGAGUUCCUCAAAAAGUUAAACACAGAAUUACCACAGAGCCCCACAAUUCCACUCCUACAUACAUAUUCAAAAGAAUCAAAACUAAGUUCUCAAACAAGUACAUGUACAUGCAUGUUCACAGUAGCACUAUUCACAAUAGCCAAAAAUUGGAAACAGUCUAAAUGUCCAUCAAUGGAUAAACUGUGUUACGUACACACAAUGGAAUUUUAUUCACCCAUUAAAAAAAGAAGUACUGAUUUAUGCUAUGUAGAGGCACCCCGAAAACAUGCUAAACGAAAGAAGCUAGACACAAGUCUUAUUAUUGUAUGAUUCCAUUUAGAUGAAAUAUUCGGAAUAUAUAAAUCCAUAGAGACAGAAGGGAGAUGGUGGUUGCCAGGGCGUGGGGAAGGAGGGAUUAGAGAGUGACUCCUUAACGAGUUUGGGGUUUUGGGGUGAUGGGAAUGUUUUGGAACUAGAUAGAGGUGGUGGUUGUGCAACAUUGUGAAUAUUAUGUCACUGAAUUGUUCACUUUAAAAUGGCUGUUUAUGUUCUGUGAAUUUCACCUCAAUAAAAAAAAUUUUUAGAAGGAUUCAGGUACUUGUAUCUUCCCUUAGCUAAUCUACCUCCUUCAAUUUCCCAAUUCUCUCAGCUCAGAACCACUUGGUCGUCUUCUCAGUCUCGAUUCCUAUCUUCUCUCCCGUUUUCCAAACUUGACAGAAAAAGGAAGCUUCAAUAAAUUGUUUCUUGAACUACAGAUGAAUUUUACUCUAUGCCUGGUUAUUUCUGAGAGGCAGCAGAAUGCAAUGGUUAGUGGUAUUGGACAUGACGCCAGAUUACUUGAAUUCUGAUUCAAGCUCUGCCAGUUAUCACUAAGGUGAUUUUGGACAAGUUCCUUAACUUCUCUGUGCCUUGGCAUCCUCAUCUAUAAAAUAAAGAUAGUGAGACCCACCUUAUAGGUAAAGACAGUGACACUGCUGUAAGGAGAUUAUCUGUUUUCUGUUGCUCAUAACGGAAUACGUGAAACUGGGUAAUUUAUAAAGAAAAGGAAUUUAUGUUUUAGGAGGCUGAGAAGUCCAAGGUCAAGAGGCCACACCCGGUGAGAGCUUCUUGCCAGUGGGGACUCUGCGGAGUGCAGGGGCAGUGUAAGGCAUCGCAUGGUGAGGGGGCUCAGUGUGCUAGCUCAGGUCUCCUCUUAUAAAGCCACCAGUCCCUCUCCGUGAUAACCCAUUAACUCAUGAAUGGAUUGGUCCAUUCCGGACGGCAGAGCCCUCAUGACCCAAUCACCUCUUCAAGACCCCAUUCUCAAUAUUGCCACACUGGGGAACAGGUUUCAACAUGAGUUUCCGAGGAGGCAUUCAAACCACAGCAGGGAACAAAACCGUGACUGCUCGCUCCAAGUCUAAUGUAAGGUUAGCUAUUACUAUUAGCUGUUACUAAUAGUAUUACUAUACUUACUAUAAUACCAUAGUUAAUACUAUUAUAGAUUAUAGUAGUAAUAAUACCAUUACUAUCAUUUAGGAACCUGAGUUCAUGGCUAUCGAUUUGUUGAGUAAUGUAUGAAAUUAAGUUCACACAAGGAAGCAUGAGAGAAGGGGACUCUAUCUCCCUCCAGGGCGGGGGCCAACUUUUUAAUUCGGUUUUUAAAUUCUCAGGUUCCUACUUAAAGUAAACCUGGCCUAAACUCUCCCUCUUAGAGGGCUUCGCUGUAAAUGCGGGAAGCAUGCCAAUCUCAACACCAGUGUCUGCAGAACACUGUCAAAUGCAGGAGGGAACAGGAAAAACAAGAACUCACUGUGUCCUCGAUAAACGCGACGGGG